ACUGUAGAGUGUAGACCACUUACCAGCGAAGUGCUCUGGUAUUUAGUUUGUAAUUAAUUGAGUUAUUUGAUGUUUUCAAAAUGCUUUAAAAUUUAACUUCAUUAAUCAAAUGCUAACUUGGUAUUUAUUGUUAAAAAACUUUCAACGUGUUAAAUAUAACAUAGUUAUGAUUAUUAUUGGUGGAAAUUAAGUAAUUUAUCUCAGGGUUAAGCAGUUGAUUAUUGAUACAAUUGGUUCGUUCUUUGUUCUGAUGAUGAGUUUUCAGCAUCUUGUUGCGUUUUGGAUGCUUUUUUAUUGCAGCUAUGCAUAUAAACCAGUGGUUUUAAUUCAUGGAAUUAUGACGGGAAGUGGAAGUAUGGAAAUAAUUUCUAGGAGAAUUCAAGAGAAACAUCCUGGGACUAAAGUCUACAAUGUUAAUAGAUUUGAGAGUUGGUCAAGUUUGGAAACCAUGUGGCACCAAGUGUUGGAAAUUGGUCAAGAUGUAGCAAAUAUAUCUAGUCAUUAUCCUGAAGGAAUUAAUCUAAUUGGGUACUCCCAAGGAGGUCUUGUUGCUCGGGGUAUUGUGCAAACAUUUCCAAAUGUCUCUGUGAGCACAUUUAUAUCUCUCAGCUCCCCCCAAGGUGGACAGUAUGGAGCUGGGUUCCUUCACGUCGUAUUUCCUGGUUUAGUUAAGGAGUCGGCUUAUGAAUUAUUCUACUCGAGAGUUGGUCAACACACAUCUGUUGGGAACUACUGGAAAGACCCCUACCACCAAACAUUGUAUGAGGAAUAUAGUGUCUAUUUGCCAUAUAUUAAUAAUCAUAUCUUGUCUGCAAAAUCAAAUGAUUUUAAAAACAAUCUGUUGAAUUUGAAGCGGCUAGUUUUAAUUGGUGGACCAGAUGAUCAAGUUAUUACUCCUUGGCAGAGCAGUCAAUUCGGUUACUAUGGAAUGAACGAGACAGUGAUAGAAAUGCGUGAGCAGGACAUCUAUAUGUCAGACCGCAUUGGCUUGCGUGCGCUCGACGAGAGCGGACGUCUUCAUAUCGUCACGGUGCCUGGUAUUAAUCAUUUCGAUUGGCACAUGAAUGUAAGCAUUGUAGACGAUUAUUUGUUACCGUAUUUAGAUUAAUUAGACGAAAGCUAAAUUAAUAUAUAGACAAAUAAAUGCAAAGAUUUUUGAUACUUUGCAUUUUAUCGAAUAAUCAGUGAUUUUGAAGUUAGACAAUUGUUCUAGUUUUGAAAUAGGAAUGAAUUAUAUUUUGCUCAUUAACUAGGACUUAAUUAUUAAACCAAUUUAGAAUUGUCUUUUAACAGUGAUUAGAGUUAUUAGACUAACUAGUAACAUAGCAUAUAUAAUGUAGCUUUAUUUAGCUAAUAGAGUUUAAACCUACAUACCGAAACGAAUGUACAACAAGUCACAGUCAAAGAUAUGUAUUAAGGGAUGAAAAUGAAAUAUUAUGUAAAUAUUAAUCUGAGAAUACAGCGUACACAAUCCAAAAUUACAAAUGUUUCCUAUGACAUCUAUUUAAAUAUAGUUAAACAAAGUAAUGCCAAAAAGUUAGUGUAAAUUUGCGUCAAUAUAGUUUAGAGUUUAUCUGAAACUAUACUGAGGCCCCUAUUCACCACACCGCACCACAGUCACCCCUUAAGUAUUGUCAAAUAUGUCAUUUUAGAAGACGGGCCAAAUAUUUUACGUACCAUUGAAGGGAACGUGUAGUUGUGUAUAUAACCGCUAGAUGGCGCUGUAAUAAAUGUCAAAUCCACAUUCAUUGAACACAGAUGUCGCCUGAAACUUUCGAUAAAGAAUUAAACGUUCUAAAAAGUUUUUUGUUCCCUUUUACAAAGAUAUUAUUAAGAUAUUAUAAAGAUAUUUAUUCUUUAAUAAUAUCACAGAUUUUUUUGUAAGUUAUUAUACUACAAUUGUGCCACGUAUCAGCGCAAAAUUGAGUUAAAUAGAAUUGUACAAAUAAAUUAUUUAAUAUUUAAAGAACUGAUCGAAAUCUUUUGAUAGUUUAUAAAACAUUGUUAUCAACAUCUCAUUUAUAAACGUACAGACCCCUAAUAUUUGGUCAAUGUUUUGAAAUUACUUAAAUCUGGUAAUUCUCAAAUUUGGCCAUAUUGUGUAUUUGAAUAUGCUUGAUAUAUUUUUUAAUGAAUAAUCAUUAUUUUUAUGUGAUUUUAGCUUUUUUCGUUUAACUUUUAAUGCUAACCUCUUGUAAUUAAUACCCUUUUUAACUGAGUGAAUUUCUGUUAUAACAAAUAUUGCGUAUACAAUGGUCUGUGGAAUUACAAGAAUAUAAUAAUAUAAAUAUAGAAAUUAACAAUAGCUAUUAAAAGUUACGCUUCAAAUAUUAAUGAAUCUCAAUUACAUUUUAUUUUGUAUGAAUUUGUACAAAAUUUUUAAAUUAAUAUGCUACAUCAAUUUGUUUUUUUUUGUUACAAUUUUCAAUUGUACAUUACUAUAUCGGUAAAUAUAAUUUAUAUUUCUAAACAAUUUUAUAUAUUUUUAAGUAUAGGUAUCUUUAGACAAAGCAUGGGCUGUAUUUA